AUAUAUAUAUAUGUUGGCAAUAAAUAUUUGUAAGAUUUAAAAACGUAUAUAUUUUUAGUAUAUAAUAAAAACGCACUUCGAGAUUUAGUAAUACGACAAACGAGGUGUAUUGAAAUUAUUUUAUAAAAUUUUCUUUCGAUCAUUCCUGUCACAAUUUUUUUUUUAAUUAUCUACAUAUUAAUUUACUAUUAGUAAUUCUGUGAUACUUCGUAUUUGCUGAAAAUUUAGCAGAAAUAAUAGUAAAUUAAGUUGUAGAUUUUAAUAAUAUCUGUAUGAAUUAUAAUUGCUAAUAAGAUGAUUUCGAUAUUAUGUAUAAUACCAAAUGAAAAAUGUGAAUAUAUUAAUAUGAUUUUAAUUGAAAUUAAAAUUAUUAAUUAAAAUGCGAAAUAAUUCAUUAAAUAUUCGGCACAUUUAUCAUUUCAGUAUAUUUGUCAUUGAAGAAAUAUAAUCGUAUAAAUAAUAAAUGGUUUUUAAUAUUUUCCGUAACGCUUGAUAAUUUCUUGUUCUUUCUCUUUCUUUCUUUUUUUCUUUUUAUUCCUUUUUGCCUCAUUUUUAAUUUGAAACUUUGAAAUGGCAAAAGAACUAUGUAUAUGGCAUAUUCAUUUCUAUGUUUUAAAUUUUGUUGAAGUAUACAAGUAUGUCAUAUAGAUUCUGUUGCUUGGUAACUAAAUUGCCAAACAUUUCUGUACCACGAGACCGAAGUCAUUAACGUGAUAGUUCAGUGUCUCACAUUACUUUUUAAUUCUUUUUCUUGCAAAAUAAAAAAUAAAAAGAAAAAAAAAAAGAAACUCAUUAAUUUUUUUAUACGCAAUACUUUACCUCAUUUAUUUCAUUACGAACUAUAUCUAAUUAUUGGGAUAUAUUGUAAAUGAUUUAUCGAUUAUAAUCAAGAAACUAUUUUAAGUGUGUUUAAAAAGGUAUUUUUUACAGUGAAGUUUCGAACGAACAAAAAUGGGGCCUAAAAAGGCAAAGGGUAAGACAAUGGACACCGUCGAUGGAGUGGAUACAUCAAAAAUGAAUAGAGAACAACUUGAGAUAUAUGCUCAUAAGAUAUUAGAAGAGAUGGAACGUGAAAGGGAGGAAAGAAAUUUCUUUCAAUUAGAAAGAGAUAAAUUACGUACUUUUUGGGAAAUAUCGAGACAUCAAUUGGACGAAUCACGUGCCAUUGUUAGGAAUAAAGAACGAGAGAAGGAAGAACUUCAGGAAAAGCACGAUGCGGAAAUGAAAUUGUACAAACAAAAAGUAAAGCACUUGAUGUAUGAACACCAGACUAAUUUGUCUGAAACAAAGGCAGACCAUUUGGUUGCUCUUAAAAUGGCGCAAGAUGAUCAUGUAUCUCAAGAGAACGAGCUCAUUAGGGAUAAAAAGGAAUUAAAGAAAGCACAAAGGGAACAGGAAGUGGCUCGUUUGAAUGAAAUGCAUGAAUUGAAACUUCAUCAUGCCGAAGAAAUAAGUAACAUCAUGAAAAAAUUCGAAUCGGAAGCAAUAGAAUUGGAACAAAAGUACGAGCAAAAAUUAACGAAUCAAUACGAAUCAUUGACCUUGAAACAUCAAAUGGAAAUUACCGAAAUAGAGGAGAGAAAAAAUUUACAAAUUUCCACUUUGAUUAAAAAUCAUGAAACUGCAUUUACAGAGAUGAAAACUUAUUACAAUGAUAUUACUUUAAAUAACUUGUCACUUAUUCAAAGUAUGAAGGAACAAAUGGAACUAAUGAAGAAUAACGAAGAUAGAAUGAAGAAACAGGUACGCGAGUUAACAGUGGAAAAUAAACAAUUUUCUACGGAAUUAAAGAGUUUGAGAGAAAAAGUAGCCGAUUAUACACGACAACUUGUUAAUUAUGAAAAAGAUAAGCAAUGUUUAUCCCAUACAAAAAAAAAACUGUCGUUGACUAUCAAGGAUUAUGACAAUUUAAAAUGGGAGAAUGAAGUUUUGGAAUUACGAUUUGAGAAAUGUCAAUCGGAAAGAGACGAUCUUCAUUCUAGAUUCGUAUCAGCCAUAUUGGAAUUGCAACAAAAGACUGGCUUAAAAAAUGUACUAUUAGAAAAAAAAUUAGAAAAAUUAUCUGAAUUGUUAGAGCAACGCGAAGUUCAAAUUAGCGAAGUCUUGGCUGCUGCUCAUUUAGAUCCUACAGCUGUCAUGAAUGUAAAUAAAAAAUUGGAGGAUAUGUUGAAUCGAAAAAAUACAGCGAUACAAGAUCUCCAAUAUGAAUUGGCUAAAGCUUGUAAAGCGCACGACGAUUUAUUAUCAGUAUACGAAAGUAAAUUGCAAGAGUAUGGAAUAUCUAAAUCUGAGAUUGAAUUUCAACCAUUAAGAGCAAAACUGGUGAAUACGUGGACAGGGUCAGGAUAAUCGACGGAUCUAUAAGAUACAUAGAUAAAACUAAUUAAUGAAUUUAAUAUAUCUACACGUUUAUUUCUUAUUUUUUUUUUUUUUUUUCUUACAUGCAAUGUGCAUUCGUGUUCUACUUAGAUAAAGGUGUUUGUAAGUAAAGAUCUUUUUUGCUGAUCAUCAUUUACAUAUACAUAUAUAUGGUAUAUAGCAAAGAAAAGAAAAGAAAAAAAAAA